GGGAACAGACGGACAUCUUGUAAUAUAUAGAUUCAGACGACCUCGCUAUAUCGCUGCGAACUUUGUUCGAUGGGAUAAUUAGAUCAAUAUUGGAAUCCGUCAAUCGUUUUAAUCUUUGAAAACCAUUUGGACGAGUUUGAAGUAACUGCUUUUAAAUCUGGAUAUUUCCAAAUACGUACUACAGUUGGCGUUGGCGACGUUUCAAAGCAGACAAAUCAAAACAAUGCGAAUGCAGUUUAGAAUUAUCCUUGUUGCGGCUUUGAUCUUCCUAGUAUUAACGAUAUGGAACAGAAUGUUUAGAUAUGCAAGUAGACCACUACAAAACUGGCAGCGUGCAAAUGGAGAACUGUUAGUUACACGCGACGAUUGGUACGUCCCGCACAACUUUACAAUACAAAUGCUCAAUGCGGCAUCGAUAACUGAAUCAUUGGAAAUUCUUAGCAGUUACUUUGAAAACAAACAGUUAUGGUGCCCCAGUCAAAGAAGGUUUGGGCGGGAAAAGGAUGGUGGAAAAGAUAUAUACGUGACACAUCCAUUUAACCUCGUUCAUAGGCAGUGUACAGUUUAUUCAUUUGGGAUCGGGAGAGAUUUCAGCUUCGAUGACGAGAUUGCAGAAACCUGUGAAGUUUAUUCAUAUGAUCCAACGAUAGGGUUAGAAGACCACAUACGAGGACAACAUGUGCAUUUUUCAACACUGGUAUCAAAGGCGAAAAAAGUAGAUUGUCCGACAAAUAUAGAACGAAGACCGUUCUGGAGAUUUUCCAAGAAAACAAGCAUGGGUAUCCCAAUCGCUUAUAUUUGCACACAAAACGAAAUCGAGAAAAUAAAUAAUUAAUUUUAGUUAGAAUUGGGAAUGUACUAUUCGUAUUCCAGGAGACUUUUAAUGUCAUGAAAGGUAUUUAAACAAAAUCACAUUUA